AUGUCCGUUAUCAACCUCAGCCGAGCCCUCGUUGCCGUUGUUCUCGGUAUGGCCAUCGGUGCCUCUGCCUCUCCUACUCUGGAGGCUCGCAUCUGCUGCGGCAACCCUGCCAACUGCCCUAGCCACUGUGUUCGUGUAAGUGUUCACGGCUACUUUGUAUUGUGA